AUGUCCCAGGAAUACACACUGCCAGUGACUGUCCCUCCAGUCACCAGUCAGGAAUCCCUUGAGACUGUUUCUCCUCCAGCCCAGAUCCAGCAGGAGCACGUGAAACAGCCAGCUCCACUAUCUGCCCCCUGCCAGAAGAUGCCCUCUGAGCUCCAGGUGCAGGGCCUCUCAGAACUCCAGGAAAAACACACAACCUCUGGAAAGGAACAAUCAGAGCAAGUGUGUGAGCAGCAGCGGCAGCAGGAGCCUAAGGAGGAGCAUCUGAGACAGCAACAGCAGGAACUGCAGGAUCCAAAGUUGCACCAGGGGCAGCAGCAGCAGGAACCUCAGGAGCAGAUGCUGCAACUGUGUCAAAAACAGCAGCAGGAAACUCAGGAGCAGAAGCUGCACCCAGAUCAGCAGCAGAAGCAAGAACCUCAGGAGCAGAAGCUGCAUCUCGAUCAGCAGCAGCAGCAGCAGCAGCAGCAGGAACCUCAGAAGCAGAAGCUGCACCCAGAUCAGCAACAGCAGGAACCACAGGAGCAGAAGCUGCACCCAGAUCAGCAGCAGAAGCAGGAACCGCAGGAUCAGAAGCUGCACCCAGAUCAGCAACAGCAGGAACCGCAGGAGCAGAAGCUGCAUUUGGGUCAGCAGCAGCAGCAGGAACCGCAGGAGCAGAAGCUGCCCCUGGGUCUGGAGCAGCAGCAGGAGCCACAGGAAAUGCACUUGGGCAAGAAGCAAGAACAAGAACCACAGAAACAGCAACUAAAGCUGGGGCAUGUGCACCAGCAGGAUCCACAGAAGUUGCAGCUGCACCAGGAACAGCAGCAGCAACAGAACCCACAGGAGCAGGAACUUCACCUGGGCAAGAAAGAACAGCAGGAGCCACAGGAACCGAACCAGGAACAGCAGCAGGACCUGCAAUCCAACCAGCAGCUGCAGCAGAAGCCUCAGGAGCAGAAAUCCCAUCUGGGACAGAAGCAGGAGAAGCAGGAGAAGGACCUGCCCCUGGGUAAGAAGCUUUCCCAGGAGCCACAGGAACAGAGACUGACACUAGGGCAGCAGGAGCCCCACCUCAGACUGCAGCAGCCACAGAAGCUGCAAGAGCCAGAGCUGCAUCUGGGCAAGCAGCAGCAGCAAGAGCCACAGGAGGAAGAGAUGGACCGGGAGCAGCAAGAGCUCUGCCUGAGCCAGCAGCCGCCACCAGAGCCAGAGCUGCAUCUGGGCAAGAAGCAGCAGCACGAAUCCCCGGAAGAGCAAGUGAACUUGGACAAGCAGCAGCAGCCCAAGUCACAGGAGCAGGAACUGAACCUAGGGCAUCAUCAGCCACAUCCUCCGCAGCAUGAAGACCAUCAGGAAACAGAAAGCCAACAGCCACAACUUCAGAAAAAGAAGGCACAAAAGGAGCCCCAGGAAGGGAAGCAACGGCCCUUGGACAAGCAACAGCCCUUGGACAAUCAACUGGAUCACGAGCUAGUAAAGAGAGAUGAGGAAAGGGGAGAGAAGAAGGAGCUGUCACUGGAGCAACUGGAGCAGCAGGAGAAGCAGCUGGAGCAACCAGUGUCUGCCCUCACCCCUGGCCAGGUUCAAGAGGCCCAGACAGUCCAACUACUGAAGGGAGAGCAGGAGCAGAAGCAAGAGGUUGAGUGA